GUUCCGCUGGGAUAGUGGCGCCCCGGCUGACACGUAAGUGAUCUCUGCUCACCAGGCGUCCGUCCCCACUGCUCCGCGCCUCUGCCCGUCGCCCGGUCCCCAGUUCCGGGCCCGAUCCACCAAGAAAGCGGCCGGCCUGAGCUGGGGUGAUGCUGAAGAUGAUGACCUUCUUUCAAGGCCUUCCCGGCCAGCAGCCUGUGCCAGGGGCCCUUGACUUCCCCAGAAGCCACCAGAAGUUGCCCUCCACAUCAGAGGUGGACUCAGAGGCCUCCAUGUCGGAAGCCUCCUCUGAGGACCUGGUGCCACCCCUGGAGGCCGAGGUAGCCCUGGGGAGGGAUGAAGAAGAGACUGUGAAGAAGAAGAAGAAGAAGCCGAAAGGCCUGGCCAACAUGUUCAGUGUCUUCACCAAAGGGAGGAAGAAGAAAGGCCAUCCCAGCUCCUCAGAACCAGAGGGCAAGACUGAGUCCCAGCCCGGGCCGGGGGGCCCGUUGCCCACAGUGGAGGAGCUCAAGGCGGACCUGGAACGCGGGAGGCUGGAGGCAGCGCGGCCGCUGCUGGCGCUGGAGCGGGAGCUGCAGGCAGCUGCGGAGGCGGGCGGCAUGGCCGAGGAGGAGCUGGUGAGGCGCCAGAGCAAGGUGGAGGCGCUGUACGUGCUGCUGCGCGACCAGGUGCUCGGCCUGCUGCGCCGGCCGCUGGAGGCACCGCCGGAGCGGCUGCGUCAGGCGCUGGCCGUGCUGGCUGAGCAGGAGCGCGAGGACCAGUGCGUGGUGAGCACGGCGCCCCGGUCCUCGGCGCUGGAGGCCAUGCGCCCGCGGCACUGGCUGCAGCUCUGGCGGCGCGACGUGGCGCGGGCGGCCGAGGAGCGCCUGGCCACACACGCCGAGGGCCGCUCGGAGGCCGAGGGCGGCUCGGAGGCCGAGCGCGUCUUCCUACACAUGGGCCGCACCAUGAAGGAGGACCUGGAGGCUGUGGUGGAGCGGCUGAAGCCGCUGUUCCCCGCCGAGUUCGGCGUCGUGGCGGCCUACGCCCAGAGCUACCACGAGUACUUCGCGGCCCAGCUGAUGGCCAUGGCGCAGUUCGAGCUGUGCGAGCGCGACACCUACAUGCUGCUGGUCUGGGUGCAGAACCUGUACCCCAAUGACAUCAUCAACAGCCCCAAGCUGGUGGGGGAGCUGCAGGAGGUCAGGCUGGGGAGCCUCCUGCCGCCUAACCAGAUCCGGCGGCUGGAGGCCACGUUCCUGUCCAAUGAGGUGACCAGCGUGAAGGAGCUGAUGGCACGUGCCCUGGAGCUGGAGUCACAGCGCUGGACCCAGGAUGUGGCCCCCCAGAGGCUGGAUGGCCACUGUCACAGCGAGCUGGCUAUUGACAUCAUCCAGAUCAUCUCCCAGGGCCAGGCCAAGGCCGAGAGCAUCACCCUUGACCUGGGCAUGCAGAUAAAGCACAUGCUGCUGAUGGAGCUGGCUGCAUUCCUGAGGAGCUACCAGCGCGCCUUUGAUGAAUUUCUGGAGCGGUGCAAACAGCUGAGAAAUUACAGGGCCAAUGUCAUCGCCAACAUCAACAACUGCCUGUCCUUCCGGACAUCCAUGGAGCAGAAGUGGCAGGCACCACAGGACCUCCUGCGCCCCCUGAGUGAGCUCAAGAGUCAUGGCUUUGACGCCCUGCUCCAGAACCUGUUCAGGGACCUGAAGCCGCUGUUCAAGAGGUUCACGCAGACCCGCUGGGCAGCCCCUGAGCAGACCCUGGAGGAAAUCAUCACCACCGUGGGCAUAAGACUUCCUGAGUUCUCGGAACUGCACGAUUGUUUUCGGGAGGAGCUCAUGGAGCUUGUACACCUGCACCUGGUGAAGGAGUACAUCAUCCGGCUCAGCAAGCGGCGCCUGGUCCUCAAGUCAGCGGAGCAGCAGCAGCAACUGGCAGGGCACAUCCUGGCCAACGCCAACGUCAUCCAGUGCUUCUGCACUCAGAACGGCUCCCCGGGGACCUGGCUGCAUCAAGCCCUCCCCACGCUCGCUGAGAUCAUUCGCCUGCAAGACCCCAGUGCCAUCAAAAUCGAGGUGGCCACUUAUGCCACCUCGUACCCUGACUUCAGCAAAGGCCACCUGAGCGCCAUCUUGGCCAUCAAGGGGAACCUGUCCAACAGUGAAGUCAAGAGCAUCCGGAGCAUCCUGGAUGUCAACACAGGGGUCCACAAGCCCACCAAGUCCCUAUUUUCACUUAUAAAGGUUGGUUAGCUUUUCCUGCGGCCUGACCUGCUUGUGAACACCUGGCAAGCACUGGACACAUCCCACUUGGAGGCAAUUCAGACCAGCGCCGGCUUCACAGCCCCUCAUGGGCUCCCUGCCUGCUCCUGCCUCUGCUUAGCCCUGGCCAAGGUGCAGGCGCCUGGGCAGCUGGAAUUGGACAGGCCCCCCCACCCCCGUCUGCUGGGGUGGGAGCACCCAUUAUGCGGAGCAGAGACCACACCUGAGAAAUGACAGUUGAUCGUGUGUGCACUGACGGAGGGCGAGUGGCUAGGGGUCAGAGAUCCCGGGUCACCUCCUGUCUGUGGAGCCCUUCCCAGUCUGCCUCAGAACUGCCCUCCUCAUGGCCAGGUCUGAGUGGCUUCCCAGCUGCCUAGGGCUGUGGGCUAAGCGUGACCUACCCUGCCUCCUUCUACCCAGGGCAGCAAUGAGCGGGGCUCAGCAAAUCUGUGGAAUUGAAGGCAGAGCUAGAGAAGAGAGAAGGGAAAGGUGAACUCUUAUCUGGGGCCUGGAAAGAGGCAAAUGGGGUCAUACAGCAAGCUGGGGGCAGAGCCAGCAUCACAGCCACUCCUCCAGAUUGCCCCAUGAGCCCUGCAACUCAGACUCUGACCCCUGUCUGAUUUCCCACGGGCACGCCCUGACGGGGAGGAGCCCUGUGUAGGCCAGGCCUAGUGGUGCCUCCAUGGGUCCUCCAGUGGGAAGUUGGGCUGAGGUCUGGGCAGGGCAUGCUUGACCUCUGACCCCUUGGCCUCUGUAUUAGUUCCCUACUAUUGCUAUAACAAAUUUCCACAAACUUAGAAGCUUAAAAUAAGACUUAUCUUUCAGUCCUGGAGGCCAGCAGUCUGACACCGAGGGCCAAAAUCAAGGUGUCGGCAGGCUGCAUUCCUUCCAGAGGCUCCAGGGGAGAAUUCCCUGGCCUUUCCCAGUUUUUAGAAGCCGCCCAGCCAUAUUUCGUGGCUCAUGGCUGCCUUCCCUUUCAAAGCCAGCAAUGGCGGGUGGAAUCCUUGUCACAUCGCAGCACUUCUCUCCUGCCUCCCUCUUCCACUUUUAAGGACCUUUGUGAUUACCUCUGGCCCACCCAGAUCAUCCAGGACCCUCUCCCUAUUAUACGGUCAGCUGAUUAGCGACCUUAAUUCUACCUGCAAACUUCACCCCCCUUCUCCAGGGAACCUAACAUAGUCACGGGUUCCAGGGAUUAGGGCCUGGGCAUCUUUGGGAGGCCGUGACUUUGCCUACCAUGGUCUCCAUCCAUCCCCUGCUCUGUAGGGCACCUUGUCCUACCUCAGGGAGACAUGGGUUCAGUUACCCUCGUAGGCCUCUGCCUACCCCAAAGGCCCUCUCAGCACGAGAUGGGGCGGUUCAGAUUUAGGCAUGACACCUCACUUGUGCCUCUGAGGGUGCCACCAGGGUCAGGGCCAGCUCUCUUGGGUUUGUCCCCCUCUUUCCAGGUACUUGGCCAGGAACUGGCCCAUGUAAAUGAUGCACAAAGGCCUUUGUACAUUUGUAGGAGUUAUUAAUAUUAUUUUUUAUAGUACUGCUUUUGUAUUUGUGUACUCAGGACAGGAUCUGGGUUUUUAUAAUUUGAUAUAAAGCUGAUUUCAGAA